AAAAAAAAAAAAAACAAUUCCCAUUUCCACAUAUUCUCCAUUUCUCCCUCCCUCCCUCCUUUUGUCUACUACUUUGUUUAUCCAACACCAACCCAUAUUUCUUCUUGUAUCUUUUGUUUGUUUGUUUUGUUGAAAUGGACACUAAUUUUAGGCUUAGUGGUGGUGGGCAAGAUUAUGAAGAUGAACAACAACUUGAACUUGGACUUGGUCUAAGUCUCACUUCUGCUGCUUAUGACCCUUCUUCCAAUGGUCCUCUCAGUCAGGUCGUGGGAUGGCCACCCGUGAAGACGUAUAGGAUGAACAGUUUGGUCAACCAAGCAAAAUUUUCCAAGAAUGAAGAAGAAAAGGGAGUGGGUGGGAACGAUUCGUCAAAGAAGAAGAAAAAUGUUUGCCAUGAAAAUGAAAACGACGAAACUGCUACUAAAGAAACAGGGCAUUCUGGUUUUGUGAAGGUGAAUAUGGAUGGGUUACCAAUUGGAAGGAAAGUUGAUUUGAAUGCUCAUGAUUGCUAUGAAACUUUAGCUCAUGCUCUUGAAGUUAUGUUUGUGAAAGCAUCCACAAGUAGCAGUUCUCUCCGUCAAGGAAAGCAGCAUCGCUCUCGGCUUUUGGAUGGAUCUUCUGAGUUUGUGCUAACAUAUGAAGAUAGAGAAGGAGACUGGAUGCUUGUGGGUGAUGUUCCAUGGAGGAUGUUUCUGGGUACUGUGAAGAGGCUAAGAAUCAUGAAAACUUCAGAUGCCAAUGGACUUGCCCCAAGAUAUCAAGAAAAGAAUCAGAAGCCGAAAAGCAAGCUUCUUGCACUAAGAAGAUGAAGAACACCCAAAUAAUCACACCACAGACUAGAAAAGUUUGAAGCUUUUGUUUGAUAAUCUUUGCCGCUUUACUAUAUGUUUACCUUAAUUUGGUUCAUUCUCUGGUUUUUGCUGUUCUUUUUUGUCCAUUCGAUUCUUUUUGGGUUCUUUUGUUGUCGUAACCUUAUUAUAGUUCCUCACCCAACUUGAAAGGUUUGAUGAUGUUAUUAUCUAUAAAUUUCUUAAGCAUAUUUAUAUGUUAA